AUGGCGUUCUCAUUUAGCAAGUCGAAUCUCCCAAAGCAGCUAUUCAUCAACAACGAAUAUGUUGCUUCGAAGAACAGCAAGAAAUUGGAGGUCUUCAACCCAAAAGAUGGUUCGCUAGUUGCCAACGAUGUCGACCUCGCCGGUGAAACAGAUGUCGAUGCCGCAGUCAGUGCAGGUGAAAAGGCCUUUCCAUCAUGGAAGAAGCUUGCACCCACUGCCCGCAGAGACAUCAUGCUCAAGUUCGCUUCAUUGGUCGAACAGCACGGCCAAACUCUCGCUGAACUCUCCCGAAUCACCCUGGGUACUCCGUACGAACCGUUCGGCAAGUUUGAGGUUGGUGCUUGCGCCGAGGCCUUCAAAUACAAUGCUGGCUGGAUUGAUAAAUUUGCCGGAGAGUCAUUUCCACAAGACGAUGGAUUUCUCAAGAUUGUGAGGAAUGAACCACUUGGCGUCACUGCUGGCAUUGUUCCAUGGAACGGUCCUCUGGGCACAGUUGGUCUGAAGGCAGCCCCAGCUUUGGCAACUGGAAAUUGCUUCAUCCUCAAGCCGUCAGAGAAGACACCAUUCGCCUCCCUCGCACUGGGACCUCUCAUCAUCGAAGCCGGUUUCCCACCAGGUGUCUUCCAGGUUCUGUCAGGAGAUGGCACGACUGGUGCUCUCAUCUCAAGCCACAUGAAGAUCCGCAAGGUUUCCUUCACGGGCUCCAUCCCCACCGGAAAACGCAUCCAAGAAGCCGCCGCCAAGUCAAACCUCAAGCGCGUAACCCUCGAACUCGGAGGUAAAUCCCCCGCUGUAAUCUUCGACGACUGCAACCUCGAAAACGCAAUCACCUGGGCCGCCAACGCCAUCACCGCCAACACCGGCCAAGUCUGCUUCGCCGCCACACGGAUCUAUGUGCAAGAAGGCAUCUAUGACAAAUUUGCCGAGGGCUACAAGAAGGCUCUUGAGGAGAGAGCCAAGGCUAUUGGAGACCCAGAUGCAGCAACGUCAGUCAUGGGUCCUCUGGUCGACAAAGCGCAAUUCGAUCGCGUAUCCGGCUUCAUCGAGCGCGGCAAGAACGGCCAAGGCACACUCUUGACGGGCGGAUCCCGAAUCGGCGACAAGGGAUUUUUCAUCCAGCCCACGGUCUUCACGCACGUUGCAGCAGAUGCCGAGAUCCACACCGAGGAGAUCUUCGGUCCCGUCGCUGUGCUGAACUCCUUCAAGACCGAGGAAGAGAUUAUCGAGAAAUCGAACGAUACCAACUUUGGGCUUAUGGCUGGCGUGUUCACGCAGGAUAUCAAUAAGGCUUUGAGGGUGGCGAGUGAGUUUGAUAGCGGGAUGGUGGGCAUCAAUUGUGUGAGUUUGAUGUUGUUGAGUGUGCCGUUUGGCGGUUCUAAGGAGAGUGGCUCGGGACGCGAAUGUGGGAAGGAUGCGCUGCAGGCUUUUACGGAGAGGAAGACUAUUAUGAUUAACAUGACUUACUAG